AUGAACAACUCUACAUUGACGGAACUGGAAUUCAACAGAACCGAGGCUGCGCACGAUCCCGUCAACGGACGCGCCAUGCUCACUGUCUAUAUCAUCAUUCUCACCUUAACCGUGGUAACCAACGCCACAGCCCUCAUUAUCCUGUACCGCACGAAAAGCAGCGGCUAUUCUGCUGCUUUCGGGAUCUAUCUCAUCCAUCUCUUCACCAUGAACAUCCUGUCAAAUCUUCUGGACAUUCCGCUGGAUAUUGCGGAGAAAGUGUAUAGCGUCCGCUUCACGGCGGCCCACUGCGCCCUGUACACCUACGUCAAUUGGGCGCUGAUGGCCGUUUUGGUGUACUCGCAUCUGGCCAUCACUCUCAACCGCCUGUGGGCGGUGCUGCAUCCGCACAGCUACCGACAGCGCCACACCCUGCAGCUGGCCGUUGGAAUUUGCUGCCUGAUCUGGAUCGUCGUGCAUCUGUGCGCCGUACCGUUAUUCGCGUAUCGACUAACCCACCAAUCAGAGAACGACGUGUGUCUGCUGGAUAUGACGGAUUAUUCGUCGGAUCUCAGCGUCCCCGUGCAAAUCUGGGAGACGAAGGUGGUGGCAGAUCCGCGGACGUUCCGCAUGCUGCUGGCGCUGACGGUGAGCUUGUUGUGCGCAUGGAUGCCGCAGUUGAUCUGGUCGAUAUUGGAGGACUGGAUCAUCCUGGAUUUCGUCACGAUGGCCACCGUGGAUUUGGUGCUGGAUUGUACGUGGACGGCACAGGCUUUGCUGGAUCCCAUUAUGUUCAUUGCCGUGUUUUAA